AUGACAGCUGGUUGGUUGCCUGUUGUGUACCCACUGGGAGAACAACUGUCCAUGAGCAUGAGGAAACUGUGCCCAGAGGCGGGAGAACUGACAUUGGGAGAGGAGGUUGGCAAGGGCAUUGUCAGCAGAGGUUACACACACCAGAUGCAAGGUGAUGUCACAUGUGAAACAGAACCCAUAGAUCUCACAAAGGAGGCAUUGGGUGAGAGGGUCCCGAGAAUGCCCAGAGCAAAGGCCAUGCUCAACAUUCUCAUUGUCAACAUGGACCACCACUGUCAUUGGUUGGAUCCAAUGGUCCAAGAAACAGCAGAGAGCUUCAACAACUGCCAGAGCCUCCAGAAACUGUAUGUUCUUGCCACAGUGGCGAUGAGGCACAUCACAAGAGAAGAUGGCAGAUGGUGCAUUGGCCAGACCCAGGUGGGCACCAUAGCCACAGGGGCAUGCAUCUGUCCAAAUAUGGGCAACAAGGAGGGGGGAAGGUGCCAAGAUGGUGGUGCCAGACCAGGAGCAGAGGAUGGCAGACCACCAGCUGAGCUCAGCGAGAGCAGGGCAGGGGAUCCAUCAGUGAGAGAGGAGCCAAUGGGAGUGACAAGUGCAAUCAUAGAGGCGAUGGAGAAAAGCCUGGCCACAAGGGAAAACCUGGGAUACAAAGUGGAGAAGGCCAGAGAUUCAUUGCAUGUCAAGGAGGUCAGCUGUGCCAUGCUGGAGGAGCUGGUGGCAUUGGGAGAGGAGGUGCUCCUGUCGGUCCUCAGUAAUGCCAACAGUUUGAGCAACAGAGUCAACUUCAAUACUGAGGAUCUUGAGACAAGUGAGGCCUGCAAAAGUCUUCCAGGCAGACAAGUGGAGGCCCAGAGCAGUGGCUGCUAG